UUCAAGUCUUAAAGAGGUUUGCACAAACAAUUUGUUUCCAAAAAUGAAGUGGCUUUUUGUAUUGGUGAUAUUGUGCGUUUCGAUUGGAUUUUCGCAGCAAGCACUAAGCAGAGAUCAAAUAGAAGAAAUGGCAAAAAAAAUGUUGGAAGAAUGUGCGAAAAAGGAGGGAGCAUCAGAUGAUGAUGUAAAAAGUGCAAUUGCUCAUCAACCACCAAAAACAAAACCAGAAAAAUGUCUACAUGCAUGCAUGGGCGAAACAUUAGGACUGAUUCAAAAUAAAAAGCCGAAUGUUGAAGCCUCGGUAGAGCUUGCCAAAAUGGCAUUUGGAGCCGACGAUCCCAAAGUGGAACAAUCUCGAAAAAUAGCUGCCGCUUGCGCACACAUGACCGCUGAUGAUAGAUGUGAAGCUGCUGUCCAAAUGUAUGAAUGUAGCAUUGAUGAGGCCAAAAAACUUGGCAUUGAAUUUAAAGAUUUACUCUAAUCUAUACCAAAGACCGUUAAACAAAAAAAAAAACUGCGAUUGCGAUUUGUCUUUUUUUGUUAUUAAAAUAAUAUGAUUGUUAUAAUACCAAUUGAAAUGAGCAUACAAAGCUUUGUUUCAAUAAAAAAAAAAUGCUGAUAUUAAACUCAUCAUAAACAAA